CAUGAUUAUCUUCACUGCUGUCAGGUCAGAUGUGAACUGGAAACUGCAUCAUUCUGACUAGAGAAUCCAGCGCACCGCUCCUGAUUGGCUGGAAAUGACAUCAUAGCAGGGUUACCAGUGAUGAUCAGGCUUUCCUUGCAGGCACAUUGUUUUCCUUCACUACAUCCCCCACCCUUGUCUUUUCAGUCCCUCGUUGUCACUCAGCAAAGGAUUUCGUUGCACCUUUUGCAAACAAUUCCCAGUAUGCGUUCUUUUUUUUUGUCCUUCAUGUCUGUGUUAAUCCAUUCCAGGACCGCGUUUGCUGCAUUCUUUGCUCUGUUGCCAUGUGAAAAAUCCUGCAUGCGUGCACACCACUCUCCACCUAGCAGACAGCUGGAUGACAUCAUCGCUAGAGCACUGCCGUCUCCCCUCCCCCUGCGGCCCCCUUCAGUGAUCACAUCCAGCAUAUACGAAACCCAACGCUCCCCUCCAGUUUAUAUGGCUUUCAACAAAGAGUUAACCACCCCCUAUCUGCACUCCCAGCCAUUCCAGCCCAUCAGGAGCCUGCAUCCCUCUCGACCAAUCACAGUGCUGGGAGGUGAUGUCAUGCUUUAUCUAGCAGAGGUGGUGCUGAUGCUGCCAGGUUGAGCAUCCAAACAGCAGCAGACUGUCAGACUGAACACGAGGGAAAGACUCUGACGAGAAGAUCACAGCACACUGUCGGUGAGCUAAGGAUCAGCUGAGUUUGAAACGCCUCAGAGGACUCAGAAGGAGAGAUGACUCUUGCAGCGUACAGAGAGAAGAUGAAGGAGCUCCCUCUAGUGUCUCUCUUCUGCUCCUGCUUCCUACCAGAGCCUCGGGAGAGGCCCACCAAGAAAACACAAGAUGUUGUGGACCUCAACCUGGGCAUUAUUAAAGACAUGGAGGUGAUCGAGCUAAACAAGCGGUCAUCGGGCCAGGCCUUUGAGGUCAUCCUCAGACCUCCAUCUUUUGACGGUCAGAGGGAAUUCCAUCCCACUUUCCCACCUCGCAGAGACCCCUCACUAGAGGAGAUCCAGAAGAAACUGGAUGCAGCUGAAGAGAGAAGAAAGUGUCAGGAAGCUGAACUUCUGAAGCACUUGGCUGAGAAGAGAGAGCAUGAACGAGAGGUGGCCCAGAAAGCCAUAGAGGAACACAACAACUUCAUCAAGAUGGCCAAAGAAAAGCUGGAGCAAAGAAUGGAGAUUAACAAAGAAAACAGGGAGGCCCACAUCGCUGCCAUGCUGGAACGUCUUCAGGAGAAGGACAAGCAUGCUGAGGAGGUGAGGAAAAACAAGGAACAGAUGGAGCUGGACUGGCAGUAGAAUGACAUGAAUCAAGAGCAUUUCUUGUCCAGAAUUUUCAAGAAAAACAACUAAAUAAGGCCUAGCAGGUCCUAGUCAUGCUAAGAAAGGCCGUUUUUUUGGAAUUGGAAAUGAUUUGAAGGCCUAUCAUAUGAUAUUUGCAGCUAAAGAUUCUUCUUGUCUGCUGCCAGGCAAAGCACUGUAUAUCAUGGAUGUUGAAUUGAGAAUCAUUUAGAAAAUGCAGAAAAGUCGUUUGAUUUGUUUGCCACCAAAAACUUCAUGAGUCAUCAUCCAUCGCUUUAGUCUUUAAUAAUGGCUUUGCAUGUACUGAUGGGAUGAUAAUAACGAACGACGAGACAGAUGAAAACUACCAAGAUGUGUAUUUGUGUUGUACUGCUGUGAAUUAGCUGUUUGUUAACAUUGUCAUUCAGUGUGGUGAUGUGUACUUAGUACUGUAGUUUGGCUUUGUAUUUAUGUGUCUUAGUGUUGGUUUCUUGGAAGAAUCAUUAGAAGAAUAUCUGUUAGUUACCUGACAACAAAUAAUGUAUUAAAUGUGGCUGAAAUCAACGUUUUAAUGCUUGCAUGCCGUGGUACACUUGAUAAAACUUGUGAAAAGCCAUUUGGUGUGUGACCGUGUGAUUUUUGUCCUGUUAUUAAUGGCUAUAUCUC